UCGCCACUCCUUUUCUUCUUCACUUGUGAGGCGACUUGUGAACGAAAGGCGCCCCACGCCAUGGACCGCCACCCCAACCGGCGGCCAAGUGCCGCGCGAUGAACGCCUCAGUGGAUGGACCUGUGGAGGUGCCAGUGACGCCCGUCGUCCCAUCCAUACCCGUCCUGUGGGCGCCCUUCCUGGCGACGAUCUGCUUGGCUGCGGCGAUGGACGUGUGCUACGUCAGCCGGGGCAGCCGGGAGAACUGUCAUUUGCCAUCAUAUGCGAGGUUUGUCUUUCAGCUGGUCUUCAAGUCCUAUGCCACCCCAGAGUCUCACGUGGAGGGCGCGCUCUUCUGGGGCAUCGCUGCGGCCAUCUUGCUCCGCCUGGGCUUCUUCGGGGUGGGCACGUCGCUUCUGGCCAUGGGCUUCGUCUCGAGGUUGGUCUUCGGCGUGCUACUCAUCUACUCGGGCAUCAAGGCCUUUUGGGACGAGGACAAAGAAGAGGAUCCGCGGAAGAACCUGCUGGUGCGUUGUGUGGCACGUCACCUGCCGCUCCACGACCGCUACACCGAGGAGCCUAUCUUCUUCCUCCACGUGGAGGAGUUGCCGCCUGCUGUGGAGCUGGCUCCCGUGGCCGUUCCCACCGGCGCUGCUGCGGGGCUUGGCCCAGCGCCGAAGGUGCUUGGGAUGAGAAAGACCGAAGAAUUGGAGCUGCACGGGAUGAUGGACGUCGAAGACGCCUCGGCCCAGGCUUCAAAGCUUAAAAGACUGAAAGUGACACCGCUCUUCUUGGUCGUGCUCACCUUGGCGGUGAUCGACGUGAUCUUUGCCGUCGACAGCGUCACUGCCAAGGUCUCGUCGGUCCACAGCUUCGACCCUUCAGUGAGUUUCUUCCUGAACCUCUCCUCAUCGGCGUUUGCCAUGUUUGUCCUGCGCAGCUUAUAUUUGGUCGUGGACCUGCUGACGCAAUCCUUUCGCUUCCUCAAGUAUGGUGUUGGAGUCGUUCUGGUCUUCAUCGGCUUGAAACUGAUCCUCUCUCAUUGGGUUGAGGUCAGCAUGUCGCUCUCCUCGCUGCUGAUAGUAAGCUUUUUGAUCUGCUCGAUUGUGGUUUCAUAUUUGCCCUGCUGCAAAGAUGGUGGGGAGAAGGAGGACACUUCUGCCAGAGAUGUCCAGCUUGAUGAUAUUGACGACGAUGUCUUUGUCAUUGGUGAAACCGAGACGCCUGGUGGCAUUUGAACCGCCAUGGCAGCUGCGAACAAACGAAAAGACCUGCGCUGACGGAGUAGCCUUGGACAGAGGUGGCAGAAGGCUUUUGGCCACUGCGCUGGGUAGAUGCGAA